GCUAACCAAAGAUAACGAAUUAGCUAGAUCAAUAAAAGCGUUGUACAGUCAUUUAGCUAACUAUUUUAAUAUAGGAUUAAAUAAACGACGAAGAUAGUGGCGUAAUAUUGUUGCUGUUGGUAAUCUUAGUUUGCAAUGCUAUGCUAACUUUAGCUAGCUACGUAGCUAACGUUAUUUGACUAUUAUUUCCAAAGCUGCAAAAUAAGAAGUUACCAAUCUAACAUUAAUCCUCUACAAUAUAUAUUUGUCUCACAAUAUAUAACGCAGCUGAUGACGAAGAUGCUGCUUUUUGGCAACACCUUCUGUCCAAAUAAUAACCAUCGCAAGUUUGUUUCUGUCUUAAAUCUGCACACGUUGGAUUGGUCUACGAGGGAAAUAGAGUUGGGUCUUGAGUAUGGAGCUCCUGUUAUGAACAUUGGGGGCCAUAGCUCGACAUUUGAAGACGGACAAUGGAUUGCUGAAUCUGAAGGGAAUGUAUCUGGGAAGGAGCGCAGACUGAAAAAUAGCAACCUAUAGCUUGAAAAGGAGAACAACCUACUCGGGCUGAAGAUUGACCUCCUGUUGGACAUGUUGUCAGAAACCACUGCAGAGUAUCACCUGAUGGAGAAGGAGCUGGAAAAGAUGAAGAUUCACAGUCGAAGGAAGAAGUGAUGAAUAGAAAAUGACAGACAGGUUCCCAGUGAUACCUGAAAAUGAAGAAGGGAAUAGAUAAAGGAUCGUGAGUGUUAGUGACCAAUUAAUUGUAUUUGAUUUAUUUUACCUUUAUUUAACCAGGAAAGUCAGUUAAGAACAAAUUCUUAAUUUUUUAAAACCUUUAUUUAACUAAACAAGUCA